AUGAAUGAAACAAAAGAAAAUAUAAUUACAUCAGAACAGCCAGUUGUUCUGCGCUGGAAGAAAGUGACAAAUGCAACUGGUCCAACUCCAAGACCGCGUCAUGGGCAUCGUGCAGUGGCCAUUAAGGACUUAAUGAUAGUCUUUGGUGGUGGUAAUGAAGGUAUUGUUGAAGAACUGCAUGUUUAUGAUUCUUCGACAAACCAGUGGUUUGUUCCCGCUGUCCGGGGGGACGUUCCAGAUGGAUUUGCAGCUUUUGGUAUAGUAUGUGACGGUACACGUAUUUUCAUGUUCGGUGGCAUGGUUGAAUAUGGCAGGUACUCUGCAGAUCUUUACGAAUUACAAACCAGCAGAUGGGAAUGGCGGCUUUUGCGAGUACGCCCUCCUAAAACAGGAGAUUCAGGUCCUUGUCCGAGACUUGGCCAUUCGUUUUCUUUAGCCUCUGACCAGCUUUGCUUCUUAUUCGGCGGUUUAGCAAAUGAUAGUACGGAUGUAAAGCAAAACAUUCCACGUUAUUUAAAUGAUCUUUUUACAUUGGAUCUACGAUAUGGAACUAACAACCUUCAGUGGGAAUGUCCCCAGACAUACGGGCAGAAACCUUCACCUCGUGAGUCACAUUCUGGUGUCAUAUAUGAAACCAUUUCACGUCGCCAGUUGAUUAUCUACGGAGGUAUGAACGGCGUUAGACUAGGUGAUCUAUGGAUUCUAGAUUUGGAUUCUAUGACUUGGACAAAUCCAAUUCCUCAAGGUGAUGCCCCACUUCCUCGGUCGCUACAUUCGGCUAAUAUAAUUGGAGAUCGCAUGAUCGUAUUUGGUGGUUGGGUACCGUUAUGCAUGGAAGAUUCGAAGACACAUAACGAGAAAGAGUGGAAAUGUACGAAUACACUGGCUUCUUUGAAUUUGAGAAAACUGUCGUGGGAGCCUCUCUCACUGGGUGCUGGCGAAGAUACCUUGCCGCGUGCUAGGGCAGGUCACAGUGCCGUUGUCAUUAAUAAAAGAGUUUAUGUUUGGUCUGGGAGAGACGGUUAUCGGAAAGCUUGGAAUAAUCAAGUAUGCUGUAAAGAUAUGUGGUUCUUGGAAACUGAAAAACCGUGUGCUCCUGGGAAGGUUCAACUAGUGCGUGCAGCUAUAACCUCGUUAGAAGUAUGUUGGAAUGCGAUAGCAACUGCUGAAGCUUAUCGGUUGCAGCUUUACAAAUAUGAUGCUCAGCAGAAAAGAGAUGAAGAGGGGAAACAAACUCUCAUUCGAAUGCCGGUUAACAGAGCUGCUGGAAAAGUGAUAGCUAUUCAAAGACCCGGGGCUCAACCGGUAAUGAAGCUUUUGCGAAGUGGGCAUCGAUCACCUUCAGGUGGCUAUGUGCAAACUUCGACGGGACAAGUGUUGCGAGUUGUUCCAUCCUCGAAAAUAGCUCAGGCAACUGUAAAUGCAGCCAAAACGACGGGAACGAAAACGAUCAUUGUCACAAAAACCAGUCCAGGUGGUAAUGCCACCGCUCACAAAUUGGUGUUUGUGCCUCCUCCGAAUUCAGGUGUACUUGCUUCGGGACACACUGCUGGGCCUCUUCCCGUGGUUAAUACAAGCCAAGCUACUCAUGAGCAGGGAACUUCUUUGCAGGCCAACACUUCAGAACAUCCUACGAUAUCUACACAAGGCACUACGUACACAACCCCCGUAGCCUCGAACAUUGAUUCAGGGCUUCCGCAGAAUUUAUUAGAUGAGGCUCCGCCAGAAACGGAAGGUCAAUCUUGUUUGGCGAAUGAUAAUAUUUCUGCACCGUCGACUGGCAACCGUCUAGCUAAGGACACUUUGACACAUCCAGCUCAACCCGCAGUAGAUGGCGAUAUGCAAGAACGGAGCGUUUUGUCUUAUUCUGGGAAUGUUCCUGAGGCAUCCGAUGGAAUGAAUGAAGGAAAUAAAGCUAGCAAGUCGUCAGUAGGAGAGGGGGAGGGAGAUAUUACUAACAGCGCCUUUACUGCGACUAAUAAGAAGAGAGAUGUGAACCAAAAUAAGUCUGAUUCCGCAAGCCCUGCAGAAGAGGCUGCUCAAAAUGUAGCUGCAUCUUCACCUUCUGGUGCGACAGAUGCAAAAGCAACGGCACAAACGUCAAUUGCUGAAGGCUCGAGUGCUCUGAACGAAGAUGUUGGAAGUUCCGAUCUUCAUUCAGAGGACGCAAGAGAGGGAUAUUUGUCUGUACAAAAUACGCCAGCCAAAACGGUUAAAGAGGAAACUGAUCAGUUGUGGUUCGAUGUUGGUAUAAUAAAGGGAACUAGCUGUACCGUAACACAUUACUUUUUGCCUUCUGAUAUACCGUUUGAAGAUUCUUAUGGUCAUGAAUAUGAGUUAGGAAAUCAUGCAGUUCAGCCUGGGUCUCUUCGAAAAAAGGCUGAGUUAGAACCAGGAACUGCUUAUAGAUUUCGCGUAGCUGGCAUUAAUGCUUGUGGUCGUGGUGAGUGGUCAGAGAUAACUGCUUUCAAAACUUGCUUACCGGGUUUCCCAGGCGCACCAUCUAGUAUUAAAAUUACAAAAAGUGCGGAUGGCGCCCAUCUAACGUGGGAACCACCACAGAAUGCCGCUGGUCGAGUUUCCGAAUAUAGUGUGUAUCUAGCAGUACGUACGGAUAGGGUCAAUAUUAGUGAAGCUACACAGCUUGCUUUUGUGCGCGUUUAUGUUGGGCCAGAGCCAGGCUGCCUUGUUCCCAAUAGCCAUUUAAUGGGUGCACAUAUAGACACUAAAUCAAAGCCAGCAAUCAUCUUUCGAAUAGCUGCCAGAAAUGAAAAGGGCUAUGGUCCAGCAACCCAAGUAAGGUGGCUACAAGAGCAGCGUCAAAUCCCUCAAGGAACCCCUCGUCCAGCUUAUGCCGUAGUUGAUUAUCACCGCCCGUCUCUUACGCACCAAACACAAAUUAAGCGUAUGCGGAUGGAUUAG